AUGAGGGCGCUGGUCCUGCUCUGCUGCUUUGUGGCAUCGCUCCUGCUCCCAGGACAAACAGAACUGCAAGUUUCCGCCUCGGGUGGCACAGAAGAUGUUGGCAAUUUGUUGGAGAAUCAUUUUUCUGCCGGAGAUGCAAGUCUAGAGGAGAAGGAAAGGGCGCUUUAUGCGGAGGCGGCCCCUCAAGAGAAGACCCUGGUCCUUCACUCCCCGGAUGGCAGGGAGGCUGAGAGCUCGGAGCAGACAGCUGCUGGGGCCCCUGCUGCUGCUGCUGCAGGCCCGAGCUCUGGUCCUGAAGCCAGCCUCUCCAAUGCCUCAGCCUCAAAGUCAGCUGCCCCCGGGGACCUUGUGGGGUCUGGGGAGCAAGAAGCGGGUCCACCAGGAGGGGAGGACGGGACUGAGGAAGAGCUGGGUUUGGGAGAGGGACCAGGACAGGAGAGGGAUCCUGGGGAGGCCGAAGAGGUCAUAGGCGACCACCUCGAGCAGGGGGCAGCAGUAGGGGCCACGCAGCUUGAAGGCUCGGGGGCCUCUCCGGGCAUGGAGGCCAAAGAGGCCCAUGCCCCAGAGACACGACCAGAGGACAGCCCAGGACCUGAUCAGGAGCCAAAAGUGCCAGACAGAGUCUUGGAUCUGGACACGGAAACCGAGGAGGGGACCGAGGACCAUGGGGAGCCCAUCCUCACCCUAGCCUUGGAGACCAGCAGUGUACAGAGCUCCGAGGUGGGGGGUGACCAGAGGGCCCAGCCCCCCGAGGCCCAGGCACCAGGGCUAACUGAGGAGGACACCUCCUCUGAAGAAGAGAGUGGUGACCACAGUGGAGGCGAGGAAGGAGAAGGCGCUCUAUCUGAAGAAUCCGAGGAGGACAGCGGUGACGGGGCUAGUUCAGAAGAAGAAGAGGAUGAAGAAGAAGAAGAAGGGGGUGCCCUGGAGGAAGCCGGGGAACCCCAGGAAGGAGCAGCAGCUACAAGCCCUGGGGACGAGGAGGCCCAGCUGAUCUCAGGGGAAUUGAAUGCAGGGCCUGAGGAGAACGAGACAAAGGAACCCGAAGAGGGACCUCAGGAAGAGGCGGAGGAUGUGAGUGAAGAAGUCCCGAUGAGGGACCGCUCCCACAUCGAGAAAACUCUGAUGCUGAAUGAGGACAAGCCCAUUGAUGAUUACUCUGUGGUGCUGCAGCGGCUUCGAAAGAUCUACCAUUCGUCCAUCAAGCCCCUGGAGCAGUCUUACAAAUACAACGAGCUUCGGCAGCACGAGAUCACAGAUGGGGAGAUUACUUCCAAGCCAAUGGUGCUGUUCCUGGGACCGUGGAGCGUUGGCAAAUCCACCAUGAUAAACUACCUCCUUGGGUUGGAAAAUACUCGCUACCAGCUCUAUACAGGUGCUGAGCCCACCACCUCUGAGUUCACAGUCCUCAUGCACGGGCCCAAGCUGAAAACCAUCGAGGGUAUCGUCAUGGCUGCCGAUAGCGCCCGGUCCUUCUCACCCCUCGAGAAAUUUGGCCAGAAUUUCCUGGAGAAGCUGAUUGGCAUCGAGGUUCCCCACAAACUUCUGGAGCGAGUCACUUUUGUGGAUACACCAGGCAUCAUUGAGAACCGCAAGCAGCAAGAAAGAGGUUACCCCUUCAAAGACGUGUGCCAGUGGUUCAUCGACAGGGCAGACCUCAUCUUUGUUGUCUUUGACCCAACCAAGCUGGAUGUGGGUCUGGAGCUGGAGAUGCUCUUCCGCCAGCUGAAGGGGCGUGAAUCCCAGAUAAGGAUCAUCCUGAACAAGGCCGACAACCUGGCCACACAGAUGCUUAUGCGGGUCUACGGGGCCCUCUUCUGGAGCUUGGCCCCGCUCAUCAAUGUCACAGAGCCCCCGCGGGUUUACGUCAGCUCCUUCUGGCCACAAGACUACAAGCCCGACACCCACCGGGACCUGUUCCUCAAGGAAGAGAUCUCCCUCCUGGAAGACCUGAACCAGGUGAUUGAGAACAGGUUGGAGAACAAGAUUGCCUUCAUCCGCCAGCAUGCCAUCCGGGUCCGCAUUCACGCGCUCCUGGUGGACCGCUAUCUGCAGACUUACAAGGAGAAAAUGACCUUCUUCAGUGAUGGAGAACUGGUCUUUAAGGACAUUGUGGAAGACCCUGACAAAUUCUACAUCUUCAAGACCAUCCUGGCAAAGACCAACGUCAGCAAGUUUGACCUUCCCAACCGCGAGGCCUAUAAGGACUUCUUUGGCAUCAACCCCAUCUCCAGUUUCAAGCUGUUGUCUCAGCAGUGCUCCUACAUGGGGGGCUGUUUUCUGGAGAAGAUUGAGCGGGCCAUCACGCAGGAGCUGCCCAGCCUCCUGGGAAGCCUAGGGCUGGGGAAGAAUCCCGGUGCUCUCAACUGUGACAAAACAGGGUGUGGCGAAACCCCAAAGAAUCGCUACAAGAAACACUAGGUCUCUGUGCAGCCGUUCUUGGCUUCCUGUUGGUGGAUGAGCUUGUGUCCUAACAGUCUGAGAAGUCCUGAUUAAUUAACCCUUUGAGCCACACGGGCGAGAAUCACUACGUGUUGGACAUUUGGGAGUUUGUUGAGGCCAGUGGUGGGGGAGGGUAUGGGUCGAAGGAGGAGAGGAAACUGUGAAUUAUAGUGUCUUGUUGCUUUAGUGAGGGGCCUGAGUGAGGCCCCGCCUGCUUUUCUUGGGUCCUAUCACAGAGGGACAGAGAGCAGCUAAAUUCUAGUGUGUACUGAGGUGAUGAGCGUCAAGCUAAACGCCGCUGAGAUUCCUUUUUCCCUGUAAGCUGGGAAAAUAGAGAAGACUCGAUUUCUCUAGGGCUCAGGUCCCUUGUAGCUUCCUUCCACACAGUCUCCCACUGGUCCUCCAGCCCUCAUCGGCCUCCUCAGCUUGGGCUGACUUCAACAGGGGAUGGUCUCUUUGGCCUGAA